CCGGCCGCGGUUGACGUUUCUUGAUUUUUCUUCUGAUUUUUCUCAAUUCUGUAGUUUUCGGAACCGUUCUAUUUUAAGACGAAUGACUGCUAAGAAUUUUUGAGUAUUUUGUGUUAAUAACAUAUUACUCAUUGUUUUGCUGCCAAGUCCAAGGCUUUGUAAUGAUAGUGCUAUGAAUAGUGCGGUUGUUCGCUAGGUAGGGAGGUAAUAAAGACAGUUUACUAAUAUGCAAUGGAAACACAAGGGUUGGAAAGGGCGAUGGCUAUGGGUAAUGCUAGCGGUGGCGUUGUGCCCCGUGCUCAUCGCCCAGAAGAUAGGUGACCCAUACAAAAUUUUAGGUAUACACCGCAAGGCCUCCUUGCCCGAAAUAAGAAAAGCUUAUAAACAGCUAGCUAAAGAGUGGCAUCCAGAUAAAAAUGAAAAUCCAAAUGCAGAAUCUCGAUUUGUGGAGAUAAAACAGGCGUAUGAGUUACUGUCAGAUACAGAGCGCCGACAGGCCUAUGACCUGUAUGGUAUUACCAAUGAAGAUGAACACCUCUAUAAACAGAGACAUGACUACAGCCAGUAUGCACGGUUCAGCAAUGACCCAUUUGAAGAAUUCUUUGGCACACAUUUCCGGACCCAAGAUCAAGAUAUCACAUUGUUCCACAAACUAUCUGUUACUGCACGGCACUUCGAGAACAACAUAAUGGAGAAGAGCAUCCACACACCGGCGAUAGUGCUGUUCUACACGGACUGGUGCUUCGAGUGCGUGCGGUCAGCGGCGGCGUGGCGGCGGCUGGUGGCGGCGUUGCAGCCUCUCGGCGUUACCAUGGCGACCGUGCACGCGGCGCACGAGGCGGCGCUCGCACGACGCGUGGGCGUGCACACCGUGCCCUGCCUCACGCUCGUACUCGACAAGCAUGUUUACAUCUACAAGGAGGGCUUGACGUCGCUGCCAAAGAUUUUAGAAUUCGUGCGAUGGAAGUUCCCUUACAAGCUGGUACGGAGUAUAAACAAUGACAAUGUGGAGUCAUUUGUGUCCGACUUCGAAGACAACAAGGUGAAGGCACUGAUAUUCGAGGACCGGCAGACCAUACGUUUGCGAUACCUCAUCACUGCAUUCCACUACAGAGAUAGAGUUGCUUUUGGUUUCGUGGACAUGACGGCGCGCGACGCCCAGAACGUGACGUCGCGGUACAAGGUGCAGCGGCAGAUGGAUACUAUGGUACUGCUGAAGGAGGACAGCGAGGAGCCCGCCGCCACCGUCAGCACCACCGAGAUCCCCACGCAGACCCUACACCAGCUGAUCGAGGCCAACCAGAUGUUGACGCUGCCUAGACUCUCCUCGCAGAGCGUGCUGGAGGCGGUGUGCCCGGUGGAGUGGCGCGCGCCGCGGCGGCGGCUGUGCUGCGUGCUGGUGGCGCGCGCCGCGCCGCCGCCGGGCGCGGCCGCGCGCGCGCUGCGCCGCCUGGCGCGCGCCGCGCCCGACCGCCUGCACUACGCCUACGUCUAUGCGCACGCGCAGCCCGCCUUCGUGCAGGCGCUCGCCAACGGCUCGGGCAGCGACAUCUCGGAGAUGGAGCACCGCAUCGUGGUGAUCUGGCGGCGGGAGGCCACGCGCGUGCAGUACGAGUGGCUCAACGAGACGUGGCCCACGUGCGGCCGCGCGCACUGCGACCAGCCCGGCGACCUGCUGCGCUACCAGCAGCAGCUCAACGAGACCAAGCUCGCGCUCGACCGCCUCCUGCGCAGGCUGCUCAAGACCAGCGAGGUUAUGGCGUACGAGACAUAUGUGCAGGAGCUGGUGGACGAGAGCGUGCGCGGGCCGGUGUGGGCGGCGCUGGGGCGCGCGGCCGAGUGGGCGGAGCGCGCGCUGGCCGCCCUGCGCACGCAGCACGCGCUGUCCGCGCUGUCCGCCGCCUCCGUGCUGGCCACCGUGGCGCUCGUGCUCGCCGCCGGCUACCUCAUGGCGUACCUCAUACGAGUGGAAGAAGAGUCUGUGCAGCGCCAAAAGGAGGAAAGGAAAAAACAGAAUGGGAGCGCAAAGAAAAAUAAUAACGAGCCACAAUCGGAGUUGCGGUUGCACGAACUGCGCGCUGAGAAAUAUAACGGACUUGUUAGGUUACUGAAACCCGGCUGUAGAACGAUCGUGCUACUAGUCGAUAUGCAGAGCCGAGUUCAACUGCUCUCUAAAUUUCACAAAAUCGUAUGGCCCUAUCGCAAGAACAAGACGCUGGUGUUCGCGUACCUGGUGGUGGAGCGCAACGUGGGCUGGUUCCAGCGCGUGCUGCAGCUGUCGCUGGGCGGCGGCGAGCUGCGGGUCAACGCCCGCAACGCCGUCGGCACCGUGCUCGCGCUCAAUCCGCACCGCAAGUACUUCUGCAUCUACCACGCCAAGCACCCCGAGUGCGCCAAGCCGCACAAGCGCAUGUCGCGUAUGACGCGGUCGCUGGGCGGCGCGGGCGCAGACCCCGAGGCGGGCGCCUUCAUCGGCUUCCACACCGACCCCGACUCCUCCUCCGGCGACGACGCGCCCGACCCGCCCGUGCUGCUGCAAGAGAAUCUGUUGGACGGAUUGGAGAACUGGCUAGACCGACUGUUCGAAGGUAGUACGCAUAGAUACUACAUCAACUACUGGCCCGACAUGACGACCAAGUGAAUCCGACAUUAGAAUUUUGGUUCUUCCGUGGCCUUAAGGUGAGAACAUACAGGUUUACUUUCGAGUUUGCGUUUAGUUGGUUCCGUGUGGGUACGAAUAUUAUGAACGUUCGAUUAUUUUACUGUUUGAGGGUAAACGCUAGUGCUUUGUAGCACGGACAAUAGAUGGCGCUGUUAUUAUAAAGAGGUUAUGUUUUAAUUGUAAUAAUAUAUUAUUAAAUAUAAUCAAAUUGACUAAUGAACGACCAAAAUAGAAUACAAAUUAUUUGAUGUAAAAAGAAAUUAAAUUUUCUAAGUAGUUUUGAAUUAUAAGUCCCAUAAAUUCGUCACAAAUAAUUCGAUCAAUACGUUUGGAUUUUUUUACUGUAAAGUACUAGUGUUUAGCCUUUAGCGAUUAUACUGCCCAGUCGUUCUAAGAUUUUCGACCACAACUUUUGUGUGAUAGCCUUAAUAGUCUUCAUUGAAUGUUUAUGUACAAGGGAUAUGUUAGGAUAAUUGUGACGCAAUGAGAAACCACUGUAUAGCUGUGGUGUUCUUAAUUUAACUGAGAAAUUUUGACGUAUUCGUUAUUUGAAAAUUUAAAACGUAGUAAUUUUAAAUUCAGCCAGAAUUAGAAGUUCGUCACGAGCAUUAGGUCUCUAUUAUUCAAUUCAAAUAAUCGAAUGUUUUAUUCGUAAGUAUUUACGUCAAAAUUGCCAGUAUUAUUUACAUUGUAUGCCAAUGUUUUGUAGUUUUAAUUUAUGAUUUUUUUUUCAUAUUGGAUUCAGUAUAUUAAUAGGUAAGGGAAAGCUGUGAAUUUUCAUUGUACGAUUUUUUUUUCCACAUAAAUCUAUUUCAUGUGGAAACAUACGCAUACAGAAAUGAAAAAAUAGAUUCAGUGUAUUAAACAUAUACUCCCAAAUAAAUGUUAUAUCAACAAUUUAUUUUAAAAAGUGUAACAGCAGUCUCUUAUUAGUUCUUCUUGGCAUAGAAGAACUGUUUGGGGUCAAAUUGAGACACAUAAUGACUAAAAACGUAUGAAAAUAAAUGAUAUGUAUCUUUAAAAUCAGGUAUUAAAUCUAAGAAUAAAGUACGCGUGGAGAAAAAUCCUACAAUCAAAAUUCGCAGUGCAUAUUAAUCCUUAUUGGUCUGUUUACAUAGAUAAGAUGGAAACACUUAGUCCAAAUUAUGAAAAUAAAUAUACUAGUCAUUAGAUAAUAAAGGUGAGCUCGUUUUUCACGUAUCGAUUUUGAUGAUUCUUUCCAAUGAUAGUGGGUGGGUGGAUAAUUUUAAAUGGAUGAUAAUAGAAUGGUUACCCCGCCUGCGCUAACGGUAUACGCUGGUGGGACACCAGUGAGGGGUGAUAGGUGAGAAGCCCAUCGCGAUGGAUACACCUGAUGGAUUCAGCAUGAUGAUUUCCAGGGAGUACUGCGGGGAGGUAGACCUGAUAGUGUAUAUUGCUGGCAAUGGAACUGGUCUGCAUUACUAAUAACCCCCCCCCCCCCUGUGUUAGUCUCAUUCUAAUUUUGUCACAACAGAAAUAACUGUUUUUUUUUUUUUAUGGUACAUUUAUUACAUAAAUAAGGUCAUUGGAGACUAUCGCCAUUGUUUACAAAAAUGCCAAAUAUUUAAUAAACCUAUUUCAAGCUGUGUUCUGUCUGUUUCUUCUGAGUUAAAUGUUCAAUUAGAAAGACAUCGACAAAAUAUCAGUAAUAGUUUAAAACAGCUUUAGUUUUAACGAAUAAAAUGGUUAGUUAUUAAAAAAAAAAAACGAGCUCGCUUCUACAAACUGGUUUUACCUCCAUAUUUAUUAUUAAUUUUGAUGUGUUACAAAUGUAUCAUGUUAAUUCUUAAUCAAUUAUACAAUUUGUAGAAUAUUGCAUUGGUUAAUGAAUAUUUACACGUGUAAUGUAUAAAUUAGAUAUAAAUUAACAAUUUGUUACCACAGAUAUCACAAUAAUAGGUGUAAUGAUUAUGUAAGGACAGUAUUAAGUCACCGCACCUCAUAGAUGUAACGGACAUGAUCGUGUACUGUGACACACUAUUAACGUAUUCGCUGUUAGAAAAAUCAGAAUGCAAAGGCUACUCUUUACCCGUGGCUUAGUUCACGUGUCCGGAUUAUGUUUUUUUGUUUAAUGGGUGAUAAUGGAAUGGUAUCCCCGCCUGCGCCAUCGGUAUACACCGGCGGAGCACCAGUGAAGGAUGAUAGGUGAGGAUGGAGAUCAGUUAGCCCAUCGUGACGAAUUCAAUAAGAAUUGUUCACGAAGAUUUUCAGGGGGAACCACGUGGAUGUCGACCUAAUAGGCAUAUUGCUGGCAAUGGGGCUGUCAAACUCCAUUGCCAACAAUUACCACUUUCCAGCAGGCGGGCCGUCAGUUUGUUUGCCAUUCUAAGUUGUAUAAAAAAAGUAGUUCCCACAUUGACAGGCAGAUUGGUAACCGCAGUUAGACUUUGGAGAUGUUUUAAGAGGGACGCUGCUGCUCAUCCCUCGCCUACCCUUAGUCGCCUUUUACAACACUCACAGGAAAGGAAAGAGUGACCUAUUCCGGGACCACACGACUAUCCAGCUCAUUUACUCACUUAUAAAUAUAUUUUUAUUGGAGAGUGUUUAAAUAAAAUUGAUUUAAAUAUCUCUCAGUUGUUUAGUACCCAUAAUACAAGCUCUGCUUAAUUCGAAACUAGAUGGCGUUGCGUAAUAUUAUUUGUAUUUUACUGUAGCAAUUAUGUAAAACAAGUCUGUCACAGUACACUUCUGUCACUUUAUCAAGUAAUAGGAUUUUUGAAAUUUAUCGCUUAUCACUACGCCAUCUUAUACCGCAUUUACACAUUUGCGUGAUAGCUGAUCGCUUAAAUAUUGUACAGAAAAUUCAAGAUGUGUCUACGAUGUCUUUACGCUGUCGCGUAAAGCAUAACUGUUUCUAUAUUCAAAUCAAAAUUUUAAAUACAGAAUUUGCAUUAGUAUUUUUUUUUAAUUAAGACACUAUUAUUGCGUUGUCUUGUCUCGCUCACACUACGUGUGGAGUAGCUGGUAGAAAGAAAGAUAAACAAUGUUGUAUUCUAUUUUAUUCGCCUAUACCUUUAGUUAGCGUCUGUGAAAUUAAUAGUUUACAUUUUGUUUUGUCAAUGCAAUUUUCAUUUGUUGAUAAGUUUCUUAAAUGGGAUGAAGUUUUUUACAUGUCACCUAUAGACAUGGCCAUCACUGUGAAUUCAGUGUGACCACCAUAACACCUGAACAAGACACCGUGUCUUUUUAAGGUUUUAUAAGGUUCAUUACAGGUUGAUCAUAUUUAUGGAUUGUACAUCGAUUCUUGCUUUUGCUUUUUUUUUUGUUUUGUUUACAUUUUGGCUCUCUCGCCAGUGUGUGUAUGCGGCCUUAGAGUUUAAUAAGAAAGUAGCAUAUUUAGCGUUUGUCAGUGCCUCUAACAACUUUCAGAAACACGUCGAUAUCAAAAUUACUUAUAAUCUAAUUAGUGUAUUCUAAAUAAUAUUGUGUACUUUUAUAAUUAAUUAAUCAAAUGCAUGUGCCAUGUUGCCAUUAUAUAAAAUUGUUUUACAAUAUUACACAAAGUGUCACAUUGUCGAUUCGGAAGCACCCUUCUUUAUUUUAAAAACUAAAAUUUCAAUUUGAUAUUACGCGCUCGCGUACAGUAAGUUUAUCAACUGUAUCGUAAAAAUGUGGGCUGGUCUUUCCCGUGACGUGUUUCCUUCAUUCUAUAACCUCGGAUCUUUCAAACGUAGCGUGAAAAAGCACUUAGCUGGCAUACUGCGGUCAACCGUUGAGAGUAAAUAUGUAAUUAUUUUAUCUAUUGAUCGUAUUCAUGGAGCAUAUUGUCUCUGGUUCGCUCAAAAUGGUUUUCAUGUCAUGCUAUAAUAUAAAAAAAAAUAGUAGAAUUGCGUCAGAACUUUUUUUUUUAAUUAUCAACGGUCCAUACACUAUUUCUUGCUGAACUAUCAAAUUGAAACAAUAAUUUAAGAGAUACGUUUUGAGAACGAUGUCUCAGAAUUGGUUUCAAUGUCUAAAUGUCCUUUUACACGUGAUUAAUGGUACUCAAAUAAUUUUUGCGCCUUUUCUAUAUAUCAGAGACGUGGCAGCGUGCUUUGGCGCGAGCGUCGUGAAUUUCCAACUAAUUCUCCGGUGAGGGAGAACAUCGAUAAAAAAACAAUAUUAUCCGAGAGAUGGCGGUAAUCUCGCCCCUUAUUAUGUUGGAUACUAAAUCAUCGGUGAAAUUAUAUGACCACGUGGUUUGUUUGAAAGAUUCGAAAAUUAUUAACACACUAUGUUUUAAUUGUCGGAUUCGAAUCGUCUUAAUUUUGAUAUUGAUUGUUACAUCAAUUUGGACUAUAAGUGUAGUCAGCUGUGUAAACGAUAGCACACUUCGUCAUUGUUUUUUAUAACUUUUUUAUACACCUAAAUAAAUUAAGCUUCACAUAAAAAAAUAGGUUCUAUUUAGAUUAUAUAGAUAGAACACCUAGCCUCAAAAAACAGGUCAUCUUUUUGUCAGCUAAUUGACAAAUUAGCUGAUUCGUUUUUUUAUCAGUAUUCUAUAUAUAUUUACGCAUAAAAAGUAUCUUGACGUAUUAUUUAAUAAAUAAAAUGAAUGUUUACACACUAAAAAGAUGUAGUAUUUAUAAGACAAAAUAAAUAUAGAAGAUAUAAAGGAAUCACUGAUAACUAUUUAUCACAUAAAAUUGUAUGAAAAAGUUGACCCGUUUUUCUCGAAGCAUUGUUAUGGGGACACUCUAUUUAUAUAAUCUAAGGUUGUAUUAAAGAGUUGUAUAAAAGACUGCAUUAAAUUCAGUAUUAGAUAAACACUCUUUAUCAACUUGCACGUUACUGGCUACACUUAUAGUGAGACACUUAAUAUCUGUUUCAAUAUAUUUAACGAAAAUGUGAACACACAAACAACGCAGUCACACUCGCGUUCGCGUCACAGUCGCUCAUGGCUAAGGAUCACGAAUGGAUCCCGAAACUAGUCGAGAUUUUUCAGAUCUAAUUACACGUAAGUCAAACUGGUAGUAAUUACAUUAAAAUAUAAUUUGUGCUUACGAAAUUUUUAACAAUAAAUCGAAUAACUGACCUAUCCAUAAUCACAGCCUGCUGAUGUCCAACAGUAAUACAAAUUAAAAAUCUAUUAAUACAUUAAAGGCGAGAAUCGUACUACAAUUUAUCUCGACUGUAGCUUAAAGGCGGCAUUCGUACUACGAUUUAUCUCGACUGUAGCUUAAAGGCAGGAGUCGUACUACAAUUUAUCUCGACUGUAGCUUAAAAGCGGAAGUCUCUACGAUUUAUCUCGACUGUAGCUUAAAGGCGGCAGUCAUAGUACUACGAUUUAUCUCGACUGUAGCUUAAAGGCGGGAGUCGUACUACGAUUUAUCUCGACUGUAGCUUAAAGGCGGCAGUCAUAGUACUACGAUUUAUCUCGACUGUAGCUUAACCGGUUAACUGUGAUUGACGAGUACAUGCGUCAUGGAGAAGUGGCAAAUUCGCCAGGUUACCUUUUUUUUUAACUAGGGUGAAAAUCUUCCAAAGAGACCCAUACCCCGGCGGACGACGAAUGGGUACUGUGGGAUUUUUACCCACUAAAAACACCCCGGUAUUCCUCACGGCGCCUACCCGUCGGUGACACGUUACCUAGCAUACAUUAGUCUAGAUCCCCCGCUGUUAAUGUGUUAAUUGUCUGCAUGUUUUUCUAUUUGUUAUUGAUUUUGUUUGAAGAGUUUCUGUGGUAAUUUAAAAAAAAAAAUACUUGUUUACAUUUUCAUUAAGUAAUUUAGAAACAGGCAUAUAUAAUAGAAGUAUAAUUUUAAAGAAUUAACACCAGUUUCCUAAUACCAAAUCUCACAAUUUUACGUAGUGUAAUUUUAUAUUAAUAAUAUUAUGGAAUUUUAAUAAGAUUAAGACACGCAGCGAAUUGGCUAUAUAUAUUAUGUCUACUGUAAAUAAAGUAAAAACAUAAAUCAAUGGUAAUUUUAACAUGGGAUGAUGAAAAACAGCUGUUCUAUGUCACAUUUUCUAUUGAGAGUUAUCUCGAGUGUUUCGUACAUAGGAUUGUUUUUGCGUGUGUCGGUUUGGUUAUGGCCAUGGUAUAAUGAAACCAUAACACAAUUGUCGUUAUGACGACCUUGACGAUGUUCUUGACCAUAGUACAAUCUAUGCUUAUUAUGGGGCUAAAUCAGUGUUUCCUUUUUUGUGCCAUGCCCCACUUGAACAUUUUAUAAAAAUUUUUGCCCCCAUACAUAAUUUUCCCCGACAGUUUACUUGAUGACUAAUCGCCCAGUUGAUAUUUUGGUAAUGUUAAACGAAAUUAUACCUAAUAAUUAUUUACAGCAUUUUUUUUUUUUAUUUACUUUAUUUGUUAAAUAUGGCACCGAUAUCUACUCGUUGCAUUUAAAUGGCCCAGAGCAAGAGGGUUAAAAUUGCUUCGAGU